GGCGGUGGGGCGGGGAGGGUUUGUUUACGUUCCUCACAGACUCGGCUGCUCCCUUGUCCAACUGAGAACUUCAAGAUGGGGAAAUCCUUCGCUAACUUCAUGUGCAAAAAGGACUUUCAUCCUGCCUCCAAAUCUAAUAUCAAGAAGGUAUGGAUGGCAGAGCAGAAAAUAUCGUAUGAUAAGAAGAAACAAGAAGAAUUAAUGCAGCAGUAUCUCAAAGAACAAGAAUCAUAUGAUAACAGAUUGCUUAUGGGAGAUGAGCGUGUAAAGAAUGGCCUUAAUUUCAUGUAUGAGGCCCCACCAGGAGCUAAAAAAGAAAACAAAGAGAAAGAAGAAACAGAAGGAGAGAUGGAAUACAAAUUUGAAUGGCAGAAGGGGGCUCCACGUGAAAAAUAUGCCAAAGAUGAUAUGAACAUCAGAGACCAGCCCUUUGGUAUUCAGGUUCGAAAUGUGAGGUGCAUUAAAUGUCACAAAUGGGGUCACGUCAACACAGAUCGAGAGUGUCCUUUGUUUGGUCUUUCGGGAAUCAAUGCAAGUUCAGUUCCCACUGAUGGCUCAGGGCCAUCGAUGCACCCCUCGGAGCUAAUAGCGGAGAUGAGAAACAGUGGGUUUGCACUGAAACGAAAUGUACUGGGGAGAAACUUGACCGCAAAUGAUCCAUCACAGGAGUAUGUUGCAAGUGAGGGUGAAGAAGAUCCAGAAGUUGAAUUCUUAAAGUCACUAACAACCAAACAAAAACAGAAACUUCUCAGGAAAUUGGACAGACUAGAAAAGAAAAAUAAGAAAAAGAAAAAAGACAGAAAAAAUAAAAAGUUACACAAGCCCAAAAGUAAACACAAAAAACAUAAACACAGAUCUUCCUCCUCCUCCUCCUCUUCCUCCUCUUCCUCCUCCUCUUCCUCCUCUUCCUCUUCUGAGACUUCAGAAAGCAGUAGUGAGAGUGACAGCAGAGGAAAGAAAAUAGAAAAGAAGAAGAAAAAGAAGCACAAGUGUUUAGGAGGUAAGAACAGUGCCUCUGAAGAGAAGAAGUCUAAGAAGAGAAAACUUUAUGAAGAGCCCUCAAGCAGUGACAGUACCAAGAAAAAAGCCAGCGAAAUGCCUCGCUUUAUAAAACCGGAGAGUUGUGGGGAGAAGAGCAGCAGAUGGAGCCGUGCUGAUUCUGAGCAGAGGCCCAGAAGCCGCGGUCACAGCGCGGAGAGGGGAGGAGCUGAAGGAAGCCAGGGCAGCAGUGGAGGCCAUAGCUGUAGCCGGGAGGAGCGGAGGAGAAGAAGCCGGAGUCCGGCUGGGGCUGGGGCUGGGGCCGAGCAGAGGGCGAUGAGGAAACGGUCCCAGCGGAGUCCCAGUGGAGAGCCGAAAAGAAGAAAUGACGCCGGGAGCCGCGGCUCAGAUAGCUGCAGAGCAGAAGGGACACACCGAGGGCGCUGGGGAGAUGAGCGCUAGAGGGACGCGGGAGCGAAGAGACUGUGUGGCCGUCACCUGCAGAUGAAAGGUCGCGGCUUCCUUAUUGAUACCUUCAGCAAGGGCUAAAGGGUGUACUGCUGUCCUUCUAAUAAAAAAAACACUAUUUUAAUUUCCCAGCUGUGUAAACUAUUUCAGUAACUGUUGGAAAAUAUUUCUUGUGCCCUGUACCAGAUUUUUUAAAACCCGUGUAACUCUGUGACUUAUUUUUGUUCAAAGAAUGACAGUACAUUAGUUAUAAUGUAAUUUUUUUCCUAUUGUCAAUUCAAAUUUGUUAUUUUAAAGUUUGGAUUUGCUUGAAGCAAAAUGUGAUAGUUGAAAUUCAUUAGUGUGAAUUAAACUGGACUUUUAUCAAUAUUCCUUUGAGACUUAAAGUUCAGGUGUGGUAUUCUACAGAGUAACCUGUUUACAUGUGGAUGUUCUGUUUUAACAGUUGUGGAUAUCAGAAUUCUCUCACAGGUCUCACAAGGCUCAAAUCAAGGUAUCAUCAGCCUUGUGUUCCUUCUAGAGGCUUGAAGAAAAAUCUUAUUUGCUUGCCUAUUUCAGCUUUUGGCCUUCCUUGGCUCCUCUACCUCCAUCUUCAAAAAUAAAGGGCAGUCAAAUCCUCAAA